AUGCACAUUGUCCACCGCGAGUCAGAAGACCCCACAAAGUACGAGAUGGCAUGUCUGAGUGGAAUAUUCAAUCUCCGCCGUCCUCCCCAUCGCCCAGUAGCCGUGAUCCAAGUGACUAGCGCGGAUGAUAUUAUUGAAGCAGUGCGUCUGGCGCACCAGCAACAAUGUCAAAUUGCCGUUCGCUCUGGCGGUCACUCGAUGGCGGUUUGGAGUCUUCACCCUGACUCGCUUCUUCUGGAUAUGGGCAAGUGGAAAGAGCUGGCCGUCGACACGGACAGGGGUAUUGCAACGGCCACCCCGAGUAUCACGAGCAAGGAACUGAGUGAUGCCGUCAUGCAGCAUGACUUCAUAUUUCCAGGGGGUCACUGUCCAGAUGUCGGGUUGGGGGGGGUUUCUGUUGCAAGGAGGAAUGGGGUUGAAUGCGAGGGUAUGACAGCACCAUUCCUCUUCAGGGCUAUUUCAAGCAUACUUAUUCUGACUCAGAAUUGGGGCUGGGCAUGCGAGAGUCUUGCUGCUGUCGAGGUUAUCACUGCGCAGGGCAAGCAGUUGCUUUGCAAUGCUCAGCAGAACGAGGAUCUCUACUGGGCUGCUCGGGGCGCAGGACCAGCAUUUCCUGGCAUUGUGACCAAAUUCCACCUGCAGUUGAGGCCGGCCCCAGCACAGGGCAUUCGCUCGUCAGGAUACAUCUACCCUCGCGCAUUGUAUCGUACAGCGUUCGAAUGGGCCCUGUCUCUAAUCCCCCAGACAGACCACAACACGGAGGUUGUCAUGGUAGCUCACUAUGGUGGGGACCGGACCUCACUCGACGACCUCCAGUUUCUGGUCUACUUCGUCUCGAUGGAGGCAACUAUGUCCAAAGCGCAGUCCGCGCUGCAGCAAGUUCAGGACACAAGACCAGCCGGUACUUUGGUAGAAUGGUUUUACCAGGAAGACAGUCUGGACCGGCUGUACAACAACCAGCAUCAGGCUAAUCCGCACUCGCACUAUUACUACACCGACAACGUCUUCUUGGACAACGACGUCGAUGUUACCCUUUCACUGGAAGAGGCUUUUUUGACCCUUCCCCCAGGUAAAUCUUCGGCUUUCUGGUAUCCCAUGUACCCACACAGUCGGCGGGUGCUCCCAGACAUGGCGUUUGGUGUGCAGUUGGAUCAUCACUUUUGUAUCUAUUCCAUUUGCGAGGCCGAGAAUGAGGUGCCACGGUACAGAACUUGGGUGGAUGAAAUCAUGGGCCGAAUCAGACUGCAUGCCGUGGGCGCCUACAUCGGAGAGUCCCAUGGCUCUCAUCCGCCCAGCUGGUAUUGGGGCGAGGAAAGGGCUGAUCGACUGGCGGCCAUCUAUCGAAAAUGGGAUGCAGGACGGCUAUUUACGGGUGUGCAAUCGGCGGAAUUGAACAACUAG